GUUGAUUGUGUUGAUAUAUAUAGUUUUUAUUAUUGAUUCAGCUAGAACUCUAUAAAAAUAUUACCCAAAGUUACGGAAAAAUGUGGUUAUAAACCCUCAUUUUAGUUUGUUGAAUUGUUAUCGUCAUAUAAUAAAUAUCUAUAAGAUAUUAUACGUUAUACAAUUAAUUAUACAUCCGUUUUCUCCUUAAGUACGUGUACCCUUUUUUAACAUUCGUCGACUUUUUAGCUUUUGUCUCUUUAUCAACGUAAGAUUCGACAUGGAUGACGACAAAUAUGACAUACUCAAUGAUGAUGUAUGUGUAGGGCUAGAAAAUGAUGAUUUCAGUGCAUAUCUUGAUGAUGAUGAACCAGCUGGUGAUAAAGAAGGAAACAAUACUAAGGAUGAUAAUGUUUAUGGACAACAAAAGGGAUCAGGAAACUAUGGAGCUGGUGGUUAUUGGGUCUCAGGGCAGGGAUCUCAGUAUACAUGUGGAAGAAGUGGACCACCAUUCCCACCAAAAAAUAACAGACUUAAUCCUAUAGGUUUCUUGAUGAGGUGUGGGGUUCCAAAGCAGAAUUUGCGAGGGAUACCUAAAGCACUACUUAGACUUAUGGAGCCACAAUUUUGUGGAAUUUGCAAUAUGAAACUUGAAAAUGAUAACUCAACUCGUUUACAUUAUAUUUCUAAAAACCACGCCAGGAAGCAGAAAAAUUGGCUCACUCAACAAGCAGAACUUGGGCCUCAACGCCCCUAUGAGACUGCAUUCAAAUCACGUGAUUUGUAUUGCGAGCUGUGUGAUGUUCACAUCACAUCAAAGAAUCACGCUGACUCACAUUAUUCGGGGAAAUCACAUCGCGGGGUUGUCGAGGGUCGAAGAGAGCCAAAGAACCGAUAUUUGUUGCAAAGAGACAUGGAAGGUCGUUAUAAUUCACUAAUUCGUCGGGAAAAGAAGUACCUAAGAUCCGCUGAAGCAAGUGACAAGUCUACCUCGAAGCCUGCCGAACCUGCCAAAGAAGUCACGCGUCCCGAUUUAGAACUGUGCUGCAAAAUCUGCAAGGUUACGGUUACAUGCAUCGAGCAGAUGACUAGUCAUAUGAACGGUAAAAAGCAUCUCUCGAAAGAGAAACAACAUAUUCUUAAAAUGAUGAAAUUGAAACCUGGUGCUUCUGAAAAUCCAAAUAAAACGGUUACUGCUGAUGCCGCCUCAGAAAACGCAGCUGCUAAAACUUCAGAAACUCGGGCACAAAAUGUGUGUGAAGAUGAUGGUUGGUGUGAUGGUGAUGGUACUUGGGAAGAAUGAAGAUACUUAAAGAAUACCAGUAUGGCUGCUCGUUAUGGAACGGGUAACACUGCCGGGAUUCUGGAAGAGUGCAUUUAGAUAUAAAUAUAUGUAUAAUUCCACUUUAUGAGAAAUACAUUUAUUUCACUGAGUUUAAAUCACA